UCCAGCAGUGAUGAAUGGGAUGGGGCUUCGGAGGAUUCCUCCUGACCAGUCGUCCGGGAGCGGCCACACCUUUGGGACGCUACGCCACCCAAGCAUAGGCGACCCAAUCCUGUCCAAGCGGGUCUGCUUCUACAAAAGCGGGGACCCUCAGUUCAAUGGCCUGCGCCUCGUCAUCAAUAACCGCACCUUCAAAACCUUCGACGCCCUUCUUGACAGCCUUUCUAAAAAGGUCCCCCUUGCGUUCGGAGUAAGGAACAUCACGACGCCGCACGGGAUCCACGCCAUCAGCUCUCUGGAUGAACUCGAGGAUGGAAAAUCCUACAUCUGCUCGGACAGACGUAAAGUAAAACCCAUCAAUCUGGCCCUGGCCAGGAAAAAGCUGCCUCCCUGGUACCACGCCAGACCCGUGAGUUCCCGUCGUCAGACGGUGCAGCAGGCCAGGCUCUUUCCCGGACGGAGUAUUCACAAAAAACAGCCGGCGGUUUUGCGCUCACCAAAAAGGCUUCUGGUUUUUUGCAACGGAGAACCUGCGAUAAAGCAGACUGUGGUGCUUCAUAAGAAGAUCACACCCAGCUAUGAGUCCAUCCUGGAAUAUAUCUCAGAGCUGAUGCAGUUCCGUGUGGUGAAACUACACACUCCUGACGGCAAACGUGUUGAUGGUCUCCCAGGUUUGAUUUUGUGCUCGGGCACUGUGGUGGCUGCAGGCAGAGAACCUUUCAAGCCUGCAAACUACAGAGCUCAGAAAGCAGCACCAGCGCGGCGGAACACAAGACGAGCCAAGUCUCUGAACCGAAAAAAGAAGUCGCUGUCGUACACUUCAGACAUUAGGACUUUUUCUCCAUCGUCUGAGCGAUACAUCGUGGAUCAGAUUCAUAACACCAUCGCUGGACGUUCGUAUGGUGUUCCCAGCAAUCCCACUAAUUCAGCUGAGCUGGAGUCCGGCCGCAUGCUGGAGUCGGUUGCAGAAACGGAGGAAGACAACGACCUCAGCGAUGGAGCGGAGGGGCGGACCUGCUCGCUGCCCAACGAAGACGACAUCGAGAAGUCCUUUCGGGUGAAUCAGGAUGGCAGCAUGACAGUGGAGAUGAGGGUGCGCUUGACGAUUAAAGAAGAGGAAAUGGUCCAUUGGACGACAACCCUGACUCGCUCUUGUGUUGCCAGUCAGCUAAACUCCACCUGCCUGUCGGUCGCUGAGCCAAUGGAGGGCAUCUGUUCACCUAAUUCAACCUCAUUGGAUUUACAAAGUUCCGCUGAAUCCUCUAACAAUGCCAUCAACAAGGACAAAACAAGAGACGACAAUGAUGAAGAUCCACCGUCACUCAGCAACGAAGCUUUCAGCGAGAGCUGUAACGAAGAGGAUGAAAUCAAAACCCAAACAGACGUGGUGUUCCCAAGGAGAGCGCCAUCCCCAGGACACAAACAAAUCAGCAGAAAGCAGGCGUCUGUAGAGAGCAUCAAGUCGGUGACGGCUAAUGGGAUUCAGGAAGACAUGGUCGGCUCUUAUUCCUUCAGAGAGGAAACAGAAAAUGGAAGCAUGACGGAGCAGUAUUGCGUGGUCAAGCAGAGCAGCAGCAGACCGGUUCCCAAACCGAGGCGACUCGGCUCCGUCGAACACUACAGUAGAAAUAGAUUCACAUCGGAAGGGAUGAGUGAAGUCUUACAGAUUGACUCCAGUGGAGAGGAGGUCACAGAAACUGUCUUACACAUAUAUGAACAGCAGACCUGUCAGGACAAUUUCCUCGCAAACAUCUGCGUCCCCUAUAUGUCUGCUUCUGAAACUACCUUCGGCAGGCCGGCCACUUCAGAAACCGGACGACUUUCCUGCAGUAAUGAGUUUGAACCAGAACAGUGUCGACCCUCGACUGCCUCCGAAUCCAUUAGCAUCUGGAGGACUGAGAGCAUGUCAGUAGCAUCGGAUAUAAAGUCUCCCCCGCAGAAAAAUGCUGUGAAAAAAACUGCAAAUGCACAGCAACAGCUCCAGAAGUUCACAAAAGGUCAAGUAAAGAUCAACCAGGGAGACGCCGCUGAUCAGAGGGGAAAACAUUCUAGCCCAGUGGCUGCAGAUAAAGACAAGUCAAUGAAGGUCAUGCAGACAGCACCAGAACCGUUAACCCCCGCAAAUCAGCUGGACAUGAAACCCGUCCUCGAGAAGAUUUACCACUCAAUCAACUCAAUCAGACAGAUCACACAGAGCAAACGCCCAUCGUGUCUGGAAAAGUCCAACAGCCUGCCUGACUUCUCCUCUCACGUGGCCUCGACCUUUGGAUCCUCGUCCAAAGCUCUUCUUGCUUUCUUGACUGUCAUGACGCUGAAGGAAGGAAUAACCGGCCUGAACCUGAACAAGCUGAAUGCGAAUGAUGUCAGCUGUGCAGAGGCUUUAAAAAUGAUGGAUUCUCUCACUGAAAUAGCCAACAUUGAGGAUUCACACAAACUGAAAACUAGUUUGUCAGAUUUACAGCAAUCAACCUCAAAACAGCUCCUGCAAAGCUGGAAGGACUUUCAGGAGCUCAGUGGCAGACGCAGAACUCCUCAGUCGUCGCUGUCCUUCAGCUACGAUUCCAGCGGCGUCAUCACCACGGAGCCCGAGGGCAGGGUGAGAUCCAUCAGGGAGAUGUUUCUAGCAAGGGGCGCCACAGACAUUCACCAGAGACGCGUCCCCGGUUUCCAGCCAUCAGAACAGCUGGAGAGCAGAGGCGAGACCUCGGUUGGCGGUGGCUAUCAGACUCCCGUAUCCAGCGAGCCGUCCAGCGGCGAGGAUGAUUCGGCACGCCAGUCAAUCACUAGAGGCUUUGUGAGGAGGACAAUCGAAAUGCUUUACGGAAAGAAAGACGUUCAUGUCAACGAGGAAGCAGGCGAAAGACCGCCUUCCGCUCCAAAGCAGAGAAACAAAGAACAUUCAAGCAUUUUCUCUUCUUUCCAAACGGCUGGAUCCAAAGCAAUGUCUGAAUUAUCCUACUUUAACUCCACCAACGCGCUGGACACCCUGACAGGAGCGACCAGAUGCAUCGCCUUUAACGCUCAGGUUGGGCCCGGCGACAGCGUUCCUAUUGAUAACGGACGAUGGCUCCUCGGAGAAAACACACUCAUCAGAAAGUCCGUUUCUGAUCCAGUUGGGAUCAAUAAAACCUUUUCAAAUGAUCCCGAGGGUGAGAAAGUAUGCCAGAGCACCGAUGAGUACACUCCAUAUUCCCUCUUCAGCAGUAAGAGUGAACUGGAAGACAAGCCCAAGUCUUUUUCCAGGAAGUGCACCUAUUUUUCUUUGCCCCACUGCAGCGACUCCGACGCACACCAGGAUGAAGUCAGCAAAGGCAGCGACGCCGUCGUGGAGGAGAAGGACGAUCCGGGCGACGGCAAAGCGUGUGCGGAGAAGAAUGGCAAGAGUGUUGGUCUGAGCGACUUCAAGAUCGUGGAUAACAAAGUGCACCCGCUGGCAGAGCCGCCGCCCGAUGCCGAGGUUGUCGUGGUGCAGCCGGGGAAAGGUCAGGGCGUCGUCAACAGGCGCCUUCAGGAUCCUGAUAUGUUGGACAUUCUGUACAAUUUUUGUGGUCAGCACUGUCCAAUUCUAUAA